UGUUCAGCAGAAAUCAUUGGAUCUGUCAACCUUCAUUAAACAAAGCUCUAUGCAUUUCCUAGAACUGUUGCGAAACCGCCUUACAAUGUAAAACCAAAGUUGUUCAAACAAAACAACCUACCUCAGAUCUCAAACUUCCAACUCUCCCUGUGAUAAAAAGCAGAACAGAGAGAGAGUCCCAUGUCUGAAACAACAACAACAACAACAAAAAAAAAAAAUCCACUUUUUAAUUUCUUCAACCUCACCCAACAUAUGAUAAUGAGGUAAACAAAAAAAAAUCACUGCUUCCUGUCUUAUAUACCAUAUUUUAGCUGAAAUAGCUUCUCCUUGUUUAUCCAUUUCUUGUUCUUUUGUGAUAUAUAUUUCCUCUUCUUUUUUUCACAUUAUUUUAUUGUGUUUUCUUUUCCUAACAACUUGUUUUCGUGUCAUGGCUAAGUGAGCAGUAGUAGUUCCAUGCCAGCCAUAAUUUAAGUGGGUGGGCCUCUUUCAAUUUAUGGCCAUGUGCAGUGUACCAGUUUAGCUGGCCCUAUCAUCUCUCUCUCUCUCUCUCUCUUUUCUGUCCUAUUGGUUCUUUCUUCAGUAUCAAAUAUAGAAAUUCUGAUCUUUAAUCAUGUUUCCUGAUGUGCUUUCUUAAAUUUCCUAUUUUGGGUUUUACAAGCUUUGUUGCCAAAGUCUAAGUUGGGAUUCAAAAGGAACUGGGUUGAUACGAGAGGACAGCUGAAGAGACUUUUUUGUAAGUGGGAACUGGGAACAAAUAGGUUCUCUUUUUGUUUGUUAUUAUAUCAUGUCUCCAUAACUUUUAGCCGAAUUUUUGGACAAUUCUGCAGUUUGGCAAUUGACCCAAUUGACAUUUGUUCAAAUUCUUAACCAUUUCCUUAGCGAGUUUUAGUUUUUGGGUUUUGGUACUGUGUUCAAAUGUAAACGCUUGAAUGUCAAUUUUUCUUUUUCCACAUCCUCUUUACAAUCUUCAAUUCUAUACUUCUUCCUAGACUUUUGGGUUUUCCCAAAUUUGUGUGAGUCUUAUGUUGUUGGAUUAGCCAUGGAAACUUGGAGCUUCUUUCUUUUCAUGGGCUUCACAUGGCUAUCUGUUGUCCUUCUCUCUGAGACAAGUUUGGCUAGUAUUCAAAGUUUUGGCAAAAUUCAGCCUGGGUUUCAAGCGUCUCAGAUGUUAUUUAUUGAUAAUAAUGGAUAUUUUCUUUUAUCCAACAACUCGAAUUUUGCUUUUGGCUUCGUUACAACCCCAGAUGUCACAUUGUUCCUACUAGUAAUCAUCCAUUUGCAGAGUUCAAGAACAGUCUGGUCCGCAAAUAGAGAUUCCCCAGUUGCAAAUUCUGAUCACUUUGUGUUUGAUGCGAAGGGUAAUGUGUACUUACAGAAAGGAAAUGGUGUGGCUUGGACACCAGAUACUAGAGGCAAAGGAGUUUCAGCUAUUGAAUUGCAGAACUCGGGAAAUUUGGUUAUGUAUGGGAAUAGAAGUGAAAUAGUUUGGCAGAGUUUUAAAAAUCCCACAGAUACCCUAUUGCCAAACCAAGAUUUUGUUGAAGGAAUGAAGCUCGUAAGCAAUCCCAGCUCUAAGAACUUGACUUAUAUUCUUGAGAUCAAGUCAAGCGACAUGAUACUUUCUGCAGGUUUUCCAACUCCGCAGCCUUAUUGGUCUAUGGGGAAGGACAGCAGAAAGACAAUCAAUCAAGUUGGUGGUGUGGUCACUAAUGCAUCUCUCAUUGCAAAUUCAUGGAAUAUCUAUGAUCAAAACAAAGACUUACAGUGGCAGUUUAUUUUCUCAACCGACACAAAUGCCACUUGGAUUGCAGUCCUAGGAAAUGAUGGCUUUAUCUCAUUCUACAAUCUCGAAGAUGGACAGUCAAGUAGUGCUUCACAAACAAAAAUACCGAACGAUCCAUGCAGCACCCCGGAACCUUGUAGUGCAUAUGUCACAUGUUUCAGUGAAAAAAUGUGCCAAUGCCCUUCAAUUCUUAGCUCCCGAAAUUGCAACACUGGGAUUGUCUCUCCAUGUGAUCACUCAAACGGUCGUACAGAGCUUUUAAAUGCUGGAAAUGUGCUCAAUUAUUUUGCACUUGGGUUCCUUACACCCUCUUCUAUUACUGAUUUGAACAGUUGCAAAGCCUCCUGUGAUGGUAACUGCUCUUGCCUCGCUUUAUUCUUCCAAAACAGUACAGGAGCUUGUUUUCUACUUGACAGCAUAGGUAGCUUCCAAAACUCUGGUAAAGGCUCUGGCUUCAUUUCAUAUAUUAAGGUCUUGAGUGAUGGAGGCAGUGGCGUAAGUAAUGGAGGAGGUGGAAGCAACCACAGAGGCUUUCCAUUUGUUGUGAUUAUAGCUAUUUCAACAGUACUUAUCAUCAUUGGUCUACUUUAUGUGGGAUUUCGAUACUACAGAGCAAAGAGACAAUUGCCUGAAUCUCCACAGGAGACUUCAGAAGAGGAUAAUUUUUUGGAGAACUUGUCUGGGAUGCCGAUUCGUUUCAAUUACAAAGACCUUCAAAGUGCAACUAAUAACUUCUCUGUGAAGCUUGGGCAAGGAGGUUUUGGCUCAGUUUACAAAGGGUCUCUCCCUGAUGGAACUCAACUGGCUGUGAAGAAGUUAGAAGGCAUUGGACAAGGAAAGAAAGAGUUUCGAGCAGAAGUUAGCAUCAUUGGCAGCAUCCAUCAUGUUCACUUGGUCAGGCUUAAAGGCUUCUGUGCUGAAGGAAGUCAUCGGCUUCUUGCUUAUGAGUACAUGGCAAAUAGGUCUUUGGAUAAAUGGAUAUUCAAGAAAAACAAUGAUGAUCAGUUCCUGUUGGAUUGGGAGACCAGAUUCAAUAUUGCAUUGGGAACAGCAAAAGGACUAGCUUACCUCCAUGAAGAUUGCGAUGCCAAGAUUGUCCACUGUGAUAUAAAACCAGAAAAUGUGCUUCUUGAUGAUAAUUUCCUUGCCAAAGUCUCAGAUUUUGGAUUAGCUAAGCUAAUGACUCGAGAGCAAAGCCAUGUUUUCACAACACUAAGGGGCACAAGGGGGUACCUUGCACCAGAGUGGAUCACAAACUAUGCCAUAUCAGAGAAAAGUGAUGUUUAUAGCUAUGGGAUGGUAUUGUUAGAGAUCAUUAGUGGAAGAAAAAAUUUUGAGCCAGAGGAAACUUCAGAGAAAUCCCAUUUCCCAUCCUAUGCUUUUAAGAUGUUAGAAGAAGGGAAACUGGGAGACAUCAUCGAUUCAAGACUGAAUAUAAAUGUAAAUGAUGAGAGAGUUUCUACUGCCAUUAAGGUUGCGUUGUGGUGCAUACAGGAAGAUAUGCAUCUAAGGCCAUCAAUGACCAAGGUUUUCCAAAUGCUUGAAGGACUCAGUGCUGUUCCUCACCCUCCCACUUCCUCUCCUCUGGGAUUUCGGCUAUAUUCAAGUUUCUUUAGAUCAGUCAGUGAGGAAGGCACUUCCUCAGGCCCAUCAGACUACAACAGCGAUGCUUAUCUUUCUGCUGUGCGGCUUUCUGGCCCAAGAUGACAUUCAAAACAGUUGCUGAAGAUAGGAGAUAGUGUUCCUGGAUGAGUUAUGUAUUAUUUUCCUUAGUUUUAAGCUCUUGUAAAUUUUUUUUUUUUGAAUACUCAAAUUUGUAAUACUAGCCAUAGCUUGAGCUUUCUUACAUGUU